ACUCUUACCUAGAUAUUAGUUGCUUCCCUCUGCCUUUCAGCAGUUUGCCCUUUGGAUCUAUCUGCAUAUACAAGAUAUAAAAGUUUAGUUAAGAUAGAAUUUAGGUGAAGCAGCUUUCCAGAUUUGCUAAGGACACUGGUGAACAACUUCUCAGAGAUGCAGCCAGUUUUGAGUCAACCACGUUCCUGGAUGCUUCAGGUGCUGCUAGUGUCAAACCUUCUCCUCUGGGAGAAUGUGUAUUCCAUGCCCAUGUGCUUUGACAUGGAAGGAUACAGUGAAAUAACCACUGAAGAACUCUUUGACAGUGCUAUUUUCAUGGCUCAGUACAUCUCAAAUCUUACCACACAAAUGUCUGAGGAGUUUGAUGCAAAUUUUGUUCAUAGCCUUGGGUACAAAACAAGGAACUCCAGCAACUGCCACACCACUUCACUUGCUACUCCUGCAAGCACUGAACAAAUUCAACAGACACAAUCAGAUGUCCUUCUGAAGAUGAUGAUCAGUAUUUCACGAGCCUGGUACCACCCUCUGAAACAACUUGUGCGUGCAUUGGCUACUCUUGAAGGACCCUGCAAGACCAUGCUGUUGAAAGUCAUACAAGUGAAGGAAACAAACCAAGAAAUUCUAGGAGAACUCAAGGCAAUCCUUAUCAGGGUUCAUCCUGGAGCUGAAGAAAAUGUCUACGCUGCUUGGAUGGGACUGGCAGAUGUGAGGUCUGCUGAUGACAAUACCCGCUACUUUGCUCUUAGUAACAUUCUCCACUGCCUAGACAGUGACACUGACAAAGUUGCCACUUAUCUUGAGGCUCUGAAGUGCCGAAUUAUCCAUAACAACAACUGCUAAGCACACCCAGCUAUUACUAGGUUGGUCCUUGGUUAUCCAGAUCAUCAAUCCUUUAUUUGAUUUCUUAUCUUUUGCAUGCACAUAUAUAAUGAAUUGCUUCUUAAAAAAUAAAAACAUAUUCUUCAGAAAUGAAAUUUUUGUAGGACUCUUAAGAGCGAAAGUGCAUGUGUGAAUGGGGGAGUGUAUCUCUGUUUUGCUUGCUCGUGGGACCCUUUUCCUCUUACUGAGUUGUACCAUCAAUCCUUGGUAUGAGAGUUUAUGCCUAGACUUAUUGCUAUGCUAUUAAUACACCUCGGAGAUCUACCUUUCUCUGAAGGGAAAGAGAGGUGUAGUGGAUCGGGUGGGGGAAGAAGGGAGGUGAGGGAGGAACUUUGAAUAAUGGAGAAGGGGGAAGCUGUGGUCAGGAGGUUUUUUAUGAGAGAAGAAUAAAAAGUCAUAUCCAAAAUAAAAA